AUGAUCAAAUCUGAAUCUAUUAAAUUGGUGGUACGAGUAGUCAAUAAGGCGGCUUAUGGAAUUACAAAAGAAGUUACACUGGUAAAGAACUAUGGAAUCAUAGAAUAUACCAACGUAAUAACAUCCGAAGAAUAUUUAUUUUCCCACGAUCAUCAUCACCAUCCUCAUCUUAGAAGAAUUGAGAUGUCAAAAUUUUUGAAUCCAGACCUUGGAUCGUUGAGAAAUUUUAAAAAAGAAAUUGGAUCAACCGAUUCUGAGAUCUUAAAUGCCUGCAAUUGGUACAAGAUGAUAUUUUUGAUACCAAAUAAUCAUUUCAAUAAUAAUCUUAUUUGCCAAUUAUUGGCCCAUUCAAAUUGA